AUGAAAUCCGAUUUAUUUUCGGUACUAUCAAGAGAUUUAAAUGAAUUAUUAAGUGAACAUGAAGAACAAAAUGUAGUAAUACAAAUUGGAAAUGAAGUAAAUUAUAAAGAAUUUUAUGCACAUUCAAUUAUUUUAAGAGCAAGAUGUAAAUAUUUUAAAUCAGGGUUAUCCUGUGAUUGGGUAAAGAGAGAAGGAAAUCGAAUAAUUUUUAAGAAACCUAAUAUUACACCCGAAGUGUUCGAAGUCAUUUUAAAUGCUACCAUAGCAUACGAGAAAUAUGAUGUGAUGCAUUUAUUGGAUGUCUUGGUAGCCGCUGAUGAAUUAUUAUUAUCAGAAAUGGCGGAAUCAAUACAAGAAUAUUUAUUAAAUCAUAAAGCGGAAUGGCUACAAAAGAAUUUUACCAAAUUAUGGAGGAAAAGCCGAGAAUUUGAUUGGUGUGGUAAAGUUCAAGAAUGUUGUCAGGCUAUCGUGUGUAACGAACCACAUUGUCUGUUCGAAUCAUCAGAAUUCUUAACAUUGGAAGAAAAUUUAGUUAUAGCAUUUUUGAAAUUAGAUAAUCUUAUAAUGAAAGAAAUUGAAAUUUGGAAUUAUCUAUUAAAGUGGGGUAAAGCACAAAUACCACCAAAAGAAGAUGGAAGUCCGGCGAUCGAUGAUGAUGAAAGUAAAUGGACCAAAGAUGACAUCAAUGUAUUAGGCAAAGCAUUAAAAGGUUGUAUUCCACAUAUAAGAUGGUUUCACAUCGAAGCAAGUGAAUUAUUUAAUAAGAUUUGGCCAUUAAAAGAUAUUUUCCCUCCGGAAUUAUUGGAGGAAAUUUUUAGACAUCAUUUUACUUCUGAAUCCCAUUUAUCAUCGAUAGAUUCUUCUUUUAUUUAUUAUAAACCACAAAGACCUCUCCCAUUUGAAUCAACUAUAUUACAACAACAUCACGUGGCAAAAUUGGCCAACUGGAUCGAUCUUACAACUGAUCACGAUAUGGAGGGUGAAUCUUCUUCUACGUGGGAUAAUCUAAAUGAGUUUAAAAUUAGUAGACCACGAAGGUCUGAAUAUGCUAUUAGAAUUAAAGAUAGAACUUGUGGACCUUGCUUUGGUGAUAAAGAUUUAUGGAUGACAUGUAAUUUUAACGAAGAUGAAAAUUGUUCGGCUAUUAAAGAUGAUUAUGAAUUUGAAAUCACUCCUACCGAGAAAUUUUCCGUGGAUGAAUAUGAAGUUUUUCAAGUUUUAAAUAAAAUUAUCAUUAAAGAUGUAGUAUCAAAUGAGAAUAAUAACAACAACAAUGAUGAGGAACAAGCUGAAAAUUUGGCCGAUGGAGAUAACUCAACUGCGAAUGAAACAAAUGUGGAGGAUGUUACUGAUACCACUCAUGAUAUUCCUUAA